AUGGCGGGUAGAGAUUUGAUAAGCAAUUUGCCAGAUGAGAUUCUUGGCAAAAUCCUGUCUUUACUUCCGACAAAAGUGGCAGCUUCCACAUCGGUUCUGUCCAAGAGGUGGAGCAAGGAGAAUCUGCUGCUUCUUGUAGACACCCUUUGUUUUGAUGACUCGGUGGUUGUGUAUCCCAGCGAGGAAGAAGAAACUACUGGUCCACAUCUCUUCUCUGAUUUCGUAGAUAAAACACUUGCUCUUCUGGUCACCAAAACCAAUUCUCACAUCAACAAGUUAUCUCUGUCGUCUCUGUGUCGUCUGCGCCACAAAGAAUACUAUCAUUGUCUCAACCGUUGGAUAUUGACUGCAUUGGAACACCCUUAUUUAUUGGGACUACACUUGUACGCACCUCACACUCUUUUUUCCGGUAUUUGUAUCGAAACCAAGUUGUUCAUGAGUAACACACUCGUGAAGCUCACGUUAUCUGGUGCAUAUGAUCUUGAGGCCGAGCGUGUGUUUCUCCCAGCCCUCAAAUCACUUUCUCUCUUAUCAACUUCGAUUGGUCAUGACUACUACUCUCUCCUCAUCCAUGGCUGCCCUGUGCUCGAAGAAUUAUACAUACGUGAUGGUGAUUGUCCCGACUCUUCUGCUGGUUGCGGUACGGACGUGGAGAGUGCAUCCAUCAAGCGACUUGUGAUUUUUUCCAUUCUUCCCUAUGACCAACCGGCUCACCGCCGAAUCGUUUUUUUCGAAGCACCAAGCCUUGUGUACCUUGACUAUUCUAGCUAUGUCUCCAACCAGUAUGAGGUUGCUCCCUAA